UAGUAUGUGAGAACGGACACAUGUCAAUCAAACAACUAUUACCAUUUUAACUUCUAUCUCCAGCACCAAUAUGAAAAGUGCAUUUAGAUGAAUAGCCAUGUAUACAGAGCUAUAUGAAGUUUUGAUUUAAGGAUUGUGUACCGAUCAUCGGUAUGUGGAGAGAUGACCACGUUUUAAAUCAACACAUUUUCCGAAAAGUGCUCCCUUUUUCUAAUUUUCUUACAAACUUUUUUCAGAAAAUUAUGAAAGCGCGAUGUUAUUGAUUCUACCUUCAUUGGAUGAUAAAGAUAAGUGCCAGUACGUACCGCAUUUACGGAAAAUCCUACUUUCGAUUUAAAACAUGAUUUAAAUAGGAACGUAUUUCGUUAUAUUUAUUAGAUUUAUAGUGAACUUAAGUCAAACGUUUUACGUAGGAUGAACAUUUGUUCAAGAUGGAUGACUUAACUGUGAGUUGUAACUGCUGUGGCAGGAAGGACGUAAACCUGAGAAGAUGUAGCCGAUGUCAAGAAGUAUACUACUGCACCAAAGUCUGUCAGACGAUAGACUGGCCGAAACACAAGGAAACAUGUGUUAAUACUUGUCAAAAUUCAAACACCAGUAAGACAAAAGAAGAAAAACGGAACGUCAAAGUUGCAAAACGAAAAAAAGGACGGAAAGUAAAACCUGAUGAAAUCGAUAAAAGUAAGCACAAAUGUGAAGAAGGGAAACGCGAUGGAAAGGCAAUCGCUGAUUGUUUUGAAACGGAUACAAUUCGAGAAGCCGUUGAUUCCACAAGCACAGAGGCAAGCAUGCGGGAAUGUUCUAAAGAAGAAGCUCGUCCGGACAAAACUGCGACUGAAAGUAUAUUUACUGACAAAAUUAAAUCAGAAUACAAAGACAAAAAUGACAUAGACAUAGAUCCGAAGAAAGAUUCUGGCGCUACUGAAAAAGACAGUGCAAGUGGAUUAGAAGAGAACCUUUGUGGACUUUGUGCAUCACCAGGGUGUUCAUCAAAAUGUUCCAGGUUCAAGGGGGUGUUCUACUGCUCGAAAGAGUGCCAGAGACAAGACUGGAAAAGACAUAAAAACAAAUGCGAAAAGAAAUUAAGUGAAGAAGAGGAGAGAAUUCUGGGAACCCUGAAGAGAAAACAAGAUAGCAUUCAGAAAUUUCAAAAGGAUAGCAACGAUAGCCAUACAGCCUUUAAUUUUAGAGGUCCCACCGAUCGUUUCUUCCAAACCCUUACACCAGAGCAAGCUCUCAGGAGAGCGACACGCCCUGGCGGUUCAUUGGCCAGGGCCGUUCGGCUGGCAAGAAUUUUUUUCCCUCUGUAUGAAGUCGUUACAGAAUUUGAUGAUAUCCCCUCAGAGCAAAGGUUUCCUUUCUUUCCCUUUAUGGUGCCUCCUAAAAGCGGAUACCUACUGGUGGCUUUUAUGUACAGGUACCAUGAGCAUGUGAUGAGACAUGGCGUUUAUCUGAAGGAUGCUUGGGACAGAGAGAGUAAGGUGGAAUUUUAUCUGGACGAUGAUAACCCAUUUCCGUUCUUCAGUUACUCGCAAGUUAAACCAGGCGGUUAUAUCAUUUUGGUAGAUCCCGUCAUGCACUUUUUUAUGGAUGGCACAGUCGGGAUACGAAUGGACAACCCGGAAGAUGUUAAAGUUCUGGAUAUUGAAACGUCGAUAUCGGUUACCCAUAUGGCGACUCCUCCUCCAGAAGACUGCGAGUGUUUUCCAAAAAAAAAUGAUGAAAAGCUUAAAAUGGGAGACUUAGAUGUGAGUUGUCACUAUUGUGAUAGGAGAGGUUUGGAUUUUCGGCGGUGCAGUCGGUGUAAAAGUGUGUAUUACUGCACCAAGGUUUGUCAGACCUUAGAUUGGUCAGGGCACAAAGGCACCUGUGUGAGUACAGUUCAAAAUUCAAACCGCAUUAAGAAAACGAAGGGCAGAAAGAAAGGACAAUAUACAAAAACUGAAGAAAUUAAAAUAAGCGAGAAUAUACUUGAAGACGAAGGUCACAUCUGUGAAAACUUGGGUACCCGCAGUUUUGACACGGAUAAAAUUCGUGAAGCCCUUGAUUUCGCAAAUACAAACAAAGAAUCUCAGGACAAUGAUAAAGAAGAAGCUGUUCUCCACAAAACAAAUGUUAAUAGUACAUUGGCACACCAAAUGGAGACUAAGUACAAGGACUUAAAUUUAAAUGAAUCUGAAACCAAUUAUGAGUGCAAUGUGACUACGGGUGACAUCAAUAGCUCUAGAGAAGAUCCAAAGUCAAAUUUUAACUCUGCUUCAAGUGUUAAAGGAAAUGAAUCACAUGAUGGCAGUAAACUAAACGACACGGAGAAUGACAGCACGAGUGGAUCAGAAAGAAACCUUUGUGGAUUUUGUUCUACGUCUGGGUGUUUAAAGAAAUGUUCGAGGUGCAAAGAAACAUUCUACUGCUCUAUAGAUUGUCAAAGACAAGACUGGGCCAAUCAUAAAAGCACGUGUAAAAAGAUAUUAACCGAAGAAGAUGAAAGAAUUCUGAGAUGCUGGAAAAAGAAACAAGAUCAUGUUGAAAUGCACAAGAAAAUGGAAAAAAAUGCAAAGCCACCAUACUCUUCCUUCGAGAAUUUUCUUGGCCCUGGCGACCGUUUUUACCAGACUCUCACACGGGAGCAAGCUCUUAAGAGAGCAACGCCCCCAGAGGGGUCGCUUUCCAAUGCUGUUAGGAUGGCGAGAAGAAUGUACUUUUCCCUGUAUGACGUCGUGACUGAUUUUGAUAACAUCCCUUCAGAGCCGAUGUUCCCUCUCUUCCCCUCCAUGAAGCCUCCUAGGAACGGAUACGUCCUAGUGGCUUUUAUAUACAGGUACCAUGAGCAUGCAAUGAGACAUGGUGUAUAUCUGAAGGACGCACGAGACAACGAGAGUAAGGUGGAGUUUUAUUUUGACCACCUUGGAGACAACCCCUUUCCAUUCUUCACUUACUCACAAGUGAAACCAGGCAAUUACAUUUGUCUUGAAGACCCAAUCAUGCAUAGGUUUAUGGAUGGAACAGUUGGAAUACGCAUUGACAACCCCGAACAAGUUCAAGUUCUAGAUAUCAAAAACGUUAUGAAAAUGAUUUCUUGUUUCCAUGUCCUUGCUAUACGACUGAGGGCCAGCUUCUUUGUUUUUGUUAUGCGAUUGACGAUUAUCUACACAUAUCGCCUUAUGGUGUGGCCAGUCGACACUCUGACACAACUUGGAGCAGUAAUAAACAGCGUAACAGCGGCCACAUUGCCUGAGAAAGUGAGAAUGGCGGAUUUGCGUAAGUGCUCCUACUGUCAUCAAGCAGACUCAAACCUAAAACGUUGCGGCCGAUGCCACAGUGUAUAUUACUGCUCUAAGACGUGCCAGACAUUGGCCUGGACUAAACACAAACACAGCUGUAAAAGUGUUUUGAGCAAUAGCAAUCAAGUUGCAGCAAGACAUGAAUUCGCAAUUAAGGGAGCGAGCGUUGAAGGAUAUAGGAGUAGAAGAAAACAGAGUAGCGAUACGUCUGAUCAUGGCAGACUUGUAGAACACUCUAGAAUAGAGAAAAGUGAAGUAGAAAUUGAAAACGAAACUACAGAGUCAAAAAUUAAAUCCUACAGAAAUACAGAUAUAACCGGCGAAUCUUUCGUCCAAUCGGAAAAUGUGAGCGAGCACUCUGGCGGAGCGGAGAAAGCCGACGAUCUUUGUAAUGAAAUGGAAUUCUUGAACAGAGCUGAAACACAUCGUAGUGGAUCAGUUAUAGGUACAAAACACUGCAGCGAAGCAGAAAAAGACGGCGAAUCCUCCAGUGUAUUUGUGAAGGACAGCUGCUCAUUCAGUGGAGUGGAUAGUGUGGAUACGUGUGCUUAUUGUUCAGCACCCGGGUGUUAUCAGAAAUGUUCACGAUGCAAAGAAAUGUUCUACUGUUCGAAAAGCUGUCAAAUAAAAGACUGGCCAUGUCACAAAGGCACUUGCGUAAAGAAACUGACCGCAGAAGAAAAGGAGAUUAUGAUGAUACACGAGAGGAAAAAGCAAGAAAGAGAAGAACACUUCAGACCCACCAUAAGAGAUGCUAAACUUAUGUAUGGUCAAAAUGCAGCUGUUGUUUGCCUUGAAAAUAAAAAUUUCGAAGGGCCGCCUGCACGAAUGUAUCAAAUGCUAACAUUGAAACAAGCGCUUUUAUUGGCUUCACGUCCUGCAGGAUCAUUGGAAAUGGCAAUCCGCAUUGCGAGAAUUCUCUUUCCUCUUCACCGCAUCGUGACAGAUUUUGAUGACAUCCCCUCAGAGAAUUGGUUUCCUUUUUUCCCCUUUUUGGUACCUCCUAAGGGACGGUACGUGCUGGUGGCGUUUAUGUACAGAUACCAUGAACAUGCCAUGAGACAUGGAGUGUAUCUGAAGGAUGCAGAAGACAAAAGAAGUAAGGUGGAGUUUUAUCUUGACCAUCUUGGAGACAACCCCUUUCCGUUCUUCAGAUACUCUCAAGUGAAACCAGGCAGUUACAUCUAUCUUAAGAACCCAGUCAUGCAUCAGUUUGGUGAUGGAUCUGUUGGUAUUCGAAUAGACAACCCGGAAGAAGUUAAAGUUCUGGAUACUUAAAUGGUCAUGAAAUAAGGAAUGGACACGUUUUCUAUCAUGGCCUUGUGCGCAGAAAAGUGCCCAACUCAGCUACAUCUUUUCUUUUAAACUGUACAUGACAGAACGAUGAAUUAAGGUUUAAAUCCUCUUGGGUAGGCUUUGUGUGUGUGCGGGUGUAUGUGUGUAUGUUCCUUUGUUUGUUCGUUUAGUCCUCGUGUGGUGGCUUUGUGUGUGUGCACGUGUGUGUGUGUGUGUGUGUGUGUGUGUGUGUUUGUGGUGUGCACGUCUGCGUGCUGUAGGUUUCGUUUUGGGGAGGCUGCGAUUUUGGUACGUGGCAUUCCCUGUUUGAUAUUUGUCUUUGUUUUUAAAAGUAAGGUAUGACAUAGAUAUAAAAGUCCCGAUGAAGUUAUAUGAUGUUUUUACAUUAAUCGUUUGGCACUACAAGCUUAAGUAGUCAAUAAUUAGUCAUUUUUCUUGUAGCGAGUAUAACACUUAACAUUUCACCCUUUUGAGAGCUGUUUUACUAACAUACAUGUACCUCUGAAUGAUAUAACCUGCAUACUAAAUUUUGUUAAAGUAAAAUAACUAAGCUUAAUACCACAAAUCACCUGAAAGGGAAGUAAGAUCAUCAACAAUUGUUUGUUACUUACCUCUAGAUUUUGGCUAAAAAUGAUCUUUCUUUAAAACUGAAGUUUGGUCAUAUUAUGAACAUCAGAACAUGAAACAUGUUUUUUUCUAAACUAUCUUAAAAAUGCCAAAUCAAAGAAAGAAAAAAGAGAAGGAAAACCCAUAUAUUUCCCUGGUCGGGAAUCGAACCCGGGCCACCUCGGCAAUAAAACUUUGCAUGCGUUCUUGACCAGUGCGCAACGGAAGAAUAUCUACUUAAUGAUCGUUAAAUAUAAAGGUUUAUAAUUAAUACAGUUUAUCUCCGAUACCCGUUCAAAGCCGUUAUGAACACUUUUCAAUUUUGAAUGGAAAAAAGUGCAAACAAUUAAUUCAGAUAAUGUUUCCAUAAGUAACUAAGUUUCAAAGACUUCUUAAGAACUUUGUUUUAUAAAGAUUUUUGUUUUUUGUUAUCAUGUUAUCUGGAGGUCAGAGCCUUUAAUUAGUAAUACAAUAAUAUAAUUAUAUUAGUCACUGUGUGAGUGUGUGUCUAUUCAAUUAUUGUCCGAAAAAACAGGUAAUAUAUAUAUAUUCUUAAUUAUGUUUAACUUUAUUUAUAAGAUUAAUUCUUCCAGCAUUUUUUUAAAUUCCAGUUAUGUGAAGUGUCGUUAUUUAGAUACUCCUGUGGUGUAUUGUCAGUAUUGAUAAAUAUCAGAGAAAAUUUCUCUAUAAAAAUGAAUUCAUGUUAGUUGUGUUUUAAUAAUGGUAAUGGUCUCAUUUAGGAAUGUGUAUUAAACACUAAACUGUUCUAUAUUACCACAUCAUAAUAAUAUUUAGAUAUCAUACAGCUUCAUGAAAAUUGAAAUAAAAAUAAAAUAAUUAUUCAGGACCAACGUGAACGCACACAAUUUAAUUUAAUGAUGAGGAUUGUUUACACCAAAUAGGAAGUGACUACUCAGCGUUAUGUGUGAAGUAGUUCAAAACGUAGUUCCAUGUUGUUGAUGUAAUAUGGUAUAACUAGUCAUAUAGGGACGCGGCGGUUAUAUUUUUGGAAAUGUGUUUUGUUGAUUAAUUGUGAAUUUCCAGGUAAUAACUGCACUGAGAAACUGUCAAUAUACGCAUACUUUAUAAAAAGGAAAUUUCUUAGGAGCAUUUUUAGAGGGUGUAGUUUUUCAAAACAAAUAUAUUUUCUUCUUUGUAACAUAACAUCUGAAUAUUUUUAAAAAAAUGUUGUUUUUUUUUGGCAAAGGUCUAUAAAAGAAAACGGAUCUGAAAUUCUCAUAGAACUUUGAGUUAAAUCUUCCAAAAUCUCGUGAAAGCCAAAUGAGAUCUCGUUCGACAAUGGAGGCACUGUAUUUACUCAUUACAUAAUAGGCGGCUACGCAUUUGACGUAUUGAUAAUACUGCUACGUGAUUUCAGGAGAAAACGGCCAAUUUUAAUUCUGUUGUAUAUCAUUUAUUUAUUUUGGUUAAUGAGACAUGUUAGACUUAUUUGAUAUAUAUAUGUUUUAUAUCAUUGAAAUGCUCCAAAGUACUGAAAAUGAGACCUCAAGAUUUAAUUCUUUAUAUAAAAUAAAGAAGGAACUGAAUUAGUAUAGUGCAACCGUAAGACCAGACGUACUUUUGUGGUUUCUCGAAUUUAUUGGUCCUUUAAAUAGUUCAAUCGUUGUUUAAUUAGUUAUUGUUGAAAUUAUGUUAGCUAAUUCUUUAUUUAUCAAUAAAUGAUAUAUAGAAAUA